AUGUCUCUCUGUGUCUCAGGGGCUGUGGUCAUCGCCUUCGUGGUCUGCUGGCUGCCCUACCAUGUGCGGCGCCUCAUGUUCUGCUACAUUUCCGAUAAGCAGUGGACCCCGUUCCUCUACGACUUCUACCAUUACUUCUACAUGCUGACCAACGCGCUCUUCUACAUCAGCUCCGCCAUCAACCCUGUCCUCUACAACCUGGUCUCCGCCAACUUCCGCCAGGCCUUUCUGUCCACCCUGGCCUGCCUCUGUCCCUUGUGGGGGCGCAGGAGGGAGAGGCCAGCCUUCUCCAGGAAGACCAACAGCGUGUCCAGCAGCCACACCUUCUCCAGCAACGUCACUCGGGAAACGCUGUAUUAGAGCGGGGCGGGAGCCCGAGGAGGGGGCGGCCGCUUGGCCUCCACCCCCCCACCGUGGCCCCCCUGGCCCCGGGGGGCAGGAACGGGGCUCCGCAGAGGCCUCAGACCUGGCGCCCACCCCCAGGGGCCCUCAUUCCUUUCAGCGUCUCCCUCAGCCCGCCCCACCCCUCCCUCGGGGCCUCUUUGAAAGCCAGGGAGAGAUUGCUCCUCUCCGGGAUCCAGAAAGGGCCUUUAAUGAGGAGAAAUUAGUGGUGGGUGAAAGGCAGACUUCUUUGUUCCCACACCACUGGGUGUUCAGAGAGGACAGAAAUGAAAGGCACAGGCCUGGCUGGGCGGGCAAGGGGAGGCAGCGGCCCCGAGAGGCGGGGGCGCUGGGAGGAGUCCGGCUGGCGGGGCCGUCGCGGUCAUCCAGGCUCCCGGGAAGCUUUGAUGUGUCCCAAAGGACAGCCCAGGGGUCGGCUGGGUCAGGCACCGGCCAGACCCAGGCCUCUCCCUCCUCCUCGCCAAGACGGCCAGGCUCUGCAGGGACGCCGGCCACCGGGGGCUUGGCCGGGAAGUCCUCGUGCUUGGCAGAGGCCAGGCCAGCGGAGUUCUGCGUCCUCACACCCGCCCGGCGGCCCAAGCCAGGCCGGGGACGUCCCCAUGGGCAUUUUUGCUCCCGCUGCACGGGUGAGCUCCCUGAGGGGAAGGGGGGCUCCCUGAAGGGCAGAGGUGAUGGCCGGGUCCCAGAGAGGUGCCAUUUGCAGGGACUCAGCCACAGGUGAGGAGGAGGAGCCUGGGCGCCCUCAGCCCGCGGGCAGCCAGGCCGAGGCCCAGCGUCGUGGAUCACGGCCGAGCCCCGGGCACCCAGAAAGGCAGGCACCUCCUUGAUCUGUAAGAGCCGGUCUCUAGACAGGAUGGCCUGUCCUGGUCUUGGCCCUAGAAGGUCCCCUGAGCCAGGGAAAGCAGAUCCCAGAUGAGCUGCCCUGGGUAAGCUGACGGGGAGCGGCAGACGGGCCCGGAAAGUGAAAUACAGGCUUUGUUUAAAGUAGGUUCUCACCGUCCUGAGGGAGACUGUCAGGCCCACAGCUGUGAGCUGCACUGACUCAGGACGCAGGAGGCCUGGUCCGCGUCCCAGGGCACGAGGACUCGAUCCCCUACCCAUAAAAAUGACAAGCUGGAGAGUCCCGUCUCCACGGCGGCUUUGGAUCUGGGCCCCUACGUGAACCCCACAGGAUCCUUCUCCAAGCCACAGGACCUUUCCCGGGCAGUCGGCCCACCGCCGGUCCGUGGCCAGGCAGCCCUCCCAUGACCUGGGGGCCACCCGCACGGGGGAUAAGGCCCACCCAGAUCUCACACACAGGCAUCUGCUCUGGGCGGGUGAGUGGGACCCCUGGGCCCUGCCAGGCAGGCAGCGAGUGGUCAUCAGUUCGGCCUUGUCCGAUGCCCAGGCAGUGGGCAUCGGACAAGGGCCUGGACUCCUCCUGAUGGGCCCUCAGGCACCCCCCACCCCCUGCCGGCCCCUCGGGCACACCUGAUCCUCAGAGCCUCGGUUCUGCCCCCUGACGAGUGCGCGUGGUCGUUCAGCCCCCUCGGCGGGGCUGACGGUGCCGGUCCUGGAGGACCCAGCCCGGAAUGGACGGAAGAGACGGUUCCCUGGGGCGGGGGCAGAUCAACUAGGGAUGGGGGCCCCCACCAACCCAGGGCCUCCUAGACGCAGCUGGGCCAGGGUGUGCACUGCGGCCCCCAGCCCAUUUUACUGUUGUGGUCCCCACGUUCCCCUGUGCACACUCCCUGCAGUUAGAGAUGCGCAGCCCCGCGGAGUCAGCGGCUGGCCACGUCCCGCUGUGGCCCCCCAGCCGUUCUCAGCAGCCAGCGGCCUGCUUGGCUGCUCAGUAGUGAUGCUGAAAGCCCUUCAUGUCGCUCACACAGACAUGCCCCAGCCCUCACCGUGACAUCCCGCCAUCGGCAAGAACAAAGCC